GACCAGACUGUCUGACCUGCAGGUUACAGCCUCUGACCUGAACCUCCAGCAGAACCUGAGGAGCCUUUGAACACAAAGAAGAACAAAAGCAAACGCUGAGGUCUGAAACAUCUGCAAAAAGAGCGCAUCUGAAGAACCAAGACGAGGACGACCAUCAGCAUGUUUUCAACAUCCACCUCCUGCAGAAUGACGGCUGCCUGUGUUGUGGCAGUGAUGAUGAUGAUGAUGAUGAUGAUGACUGUGACGGAGGCAGCAGCCAUGCAGAAACCAGGCGGACAUUCCAAACACCCAGCGAAGACACACAGGAAGUCUGAUGGUGCGACAGUAGAAACGGUCCCCCUGCAGCUGGACGCCAAUUCUUUGGUUCCUUCCAGAAACAUUAGACCUCUUGAGAACGACUCCAUCUCCCCGUGGACGUACAACAUCUCCCACGAUGACUCCCUCUACCCCUCGGUGCUGUCUGAGGCUCGCUGUCUGCUGCAGGGCUGCCUGGACUCGAAGGGCCAGGAGGACCGGAGCCUGGAGUCCAGACCCAUCAUGCACCAGGUGCUGGUGCUGCGGCGAGUCAGGGCGGCAGGGGCGGGACAGAACUACCACUACAGGUUGGAGUCCCGCCUCAUGGCAGUGGGCUGCACCUGUGUCCGACCCAUAGUCACACAGCAACAGUGAAAACCAGCAGAAACCAGACCAGGACCUGGGUUAGUCGCGCACAAACGGAGGCUUCAGUACGGAAGAUCAAUGAUGCUAUAAAAAUAUAAAAUCCUGACAAUAUAGGAAAAAAAAUACAAAAAUGUAUGUUUUACCUUUCUUUCUCCUUCUAUACAUUAAAAAUAAUAUAAUAAUUAUAAUCUAUUAAUAUUUAUGUAGCACAGCAAAAGCAAUUAUACAGUCUCCAAGUUAUUUUUAAAUUUUUGAAAUUACAUGAUUGACAUUAAUCUUGUCAUUAAAUGCAACAAUUUCUGCAAAUUUUAUUUUGCCAUAAUGGGAAGAAAUUAAAUGACUAAAUGAAGAGCAUGAGUGAUUGACGGGUUUAACUGAGGUCACUGAAGAAUGAUAAAAUCAGAUAAGAUGUAUAAUUGUGAGUCAUCUGCAUAGAGACUGAGACUGAUAUCAUGCUUUGAAAUAUUGAACUGAAAUAUGUUAAUUGUGGUUGUAAUUAUGAUUGUAAGUCAUUAUCUAAUUAUCGAAUAAUUAAUUAUAACUUUAAAAAUAGGAGUCUAGAAUCUCAUAAUUAAGAUAUUGAACCAAAAAUAUGACCCUGUAUGUCAUAGAUUAAAUAACUACAUAUUGUAUCUCAUGAUUUUGAAUUAGUGACAUUUGUUAAUUAACUCAUAAGUAACUAAUGUUUGAACAUUUAUGUGUGUCCCCUACAUGCUGCUGUUUCAUAUACUGUGUACUAUUUAUGGUUUAAGUUAAUUGAAAUUGCAUUUUAUUUAAAUGUUGUAUUGAUCUUCAGUAGGUAUUUAUUGGUGAUGUUAUAUUGAUGUUGAUGUAUUUAUAGUUCUGAGGCUGAAUGUGGAGUUGACUGAAUAAAAAGAGAUGA